AACUGAAGGGAAGGAGUAGCCGGAUGUCUUGGGUUUUCUUUCCAUUCCGAUCUGUUCUGUUCUCCUGACAUCACCUCAUUACUAGACGUAGGCACUAGACGUGACAGUCAACUACAUCUGAACUGAGCAGAGAAGAGGUAGUGAAGGCAGAGAGUGCAGGAGACAUGUCUCAAAGGCAGCCUCAGUCACCUAAUCAGACUUUAAUUUCCAUCACAAAUGACACAGAAUCAUCAAGCUCUGUCGUUUCCAACGAUACUACACAUAAAGGAUGGACCGGAGACAACUCUCCAGGAAUAGAAGCACUGUGUGCCAUCUAUGUCACUUAUGCUGUGAUCAUUUCAGUGGGCAUCCUUGGAAAUGCCAUCCUCAUCAAAGUCUUUUUCAAGACUAAAUCCAUGCAAACAGUUCCAAAUAUUUUCAUCACCAGCCUUGCUUUUGGAGACAUGUUACUUCUGCUGACUUGUGUGCCUGUGGAUGCAACCCACUACCUGGCAGAAGGAUGGCUGUUUGGAAAGAUCGGUUGUAAAGUGCUUUCCUUCAUCCGGCUCACUUCUGUUGGUGUGUCAGUAUUCACGUUAACAAUUCUCAGCGCUGACAGAUACAAAGCGGUUGUGAAGCCACUUGAACGGCAGCCCUCCAAUGCUGUUCUGAAGACCUGUGCAAAAGCUGGAGGCAUCUGGAUCAUGUCUAUGAUAUUUGCUCUGCCAGAGGCUAUAUUCUCAGAUGUAUACACUUUCCGAGAUCCUAACAGAAAUGUGACAUUUGAAUCGUGUAACUCCUACCCUGUCUCUGAGAGGCUCUUGCAAGAAAUACAUUCUCUGUUGUGUUUCUUAGUGUUCUAUAUUAUCCCGCUCUCGAUUAUCUCUGUCUAUUAUUCUUUGAUUGCCAGGACUCUUUACAAAAGCACCCUGAAUAUACCUACUGAGGAACAAAGCCAUGCCCGGAAGCAGAUUGAAUCCCGGAAGAGAAUUGCCAAAACGGUAUUGGUGCUGGUGGCUCUGUUCGCUCUCUGCUGGUUGCCGAAUCACCUCCUGUAUCUCUACCACUCAUUCACUUACAAAAGCUAUGAAGACCCCACGGCCAUCCCUUUCAUCAUCACCAUUUUCUCUCGGGUGCUGGCUUUCAGUAAUUCCUGUGUGAACCCCUUUGCUCUCUACUGGCUGAGCAAGUCCUUCCAGGAGCAUUUUAAAGCUCAGCUCUGCUGCUUCAAGGCAGAGGUGUCUGAGCCUCCUCUUGGUGACACCCCUCUUACCAACCUCACUGUGAUGGGGCGCGUCCCUGGUACUGGGAGCACACAGGUAUCUGAAAUUAGUGUGACCCUGUUCAGUGGCUGUGGUAUGAAGAAGGGAGAGGACAAAGUUUAGCUUUUCCACUAAAAAGGUGGUGAUUUUUAGUCCUUUUGUGUGUAUCCAGCUUUAAGCUGUGCAUAGUAUGGUGUCUGACUUUUUGUUGUUAUUGUUUUGAAGUUUUGAGAAUGAAUUAUCCCUGUAAGUAAAAGACAGACCAUCGUUUUCUUCAAGGUGCAAACAGUAAUGCUUUUUGGGCUUUCUAAAUACAGUGAAGCCCACCAAGUAGAGAAAGGCAGGUUUUGAAAUGCCAGUCAACUGUGAAGAAUGCUGUAUAGGAGAGUUGGUAAAUGAACAAGAUAAAAGUUUAAACAUUUAAUUGGAUCCCUCCUCUC